AUGCGGACCGUGGACCACUGGGCUGGCAGGUACGCCCUGCUUCCUCUGGCCGUUGGCCUGCACCUCACAGUGAGCCCUUGGGGACCUCAGAUGGACCCUGCUACUGGAGCCAACCUGGGUGCUGCCAGCCGUGGGCCCCGCACGGCGCUCGAUGAUGACGAUGACUAUUACCCCCAGGGUGGCUGGGACACGGUCUUCCUGGUGGCCCUACUGCUCCUCGGGCUGCCGGCCAACGGGCUGAUGGCGUGGCUGGCCGGCUCGCAGGCCCGGCACGGAGCAGGCACGCGGCUGGCGCUGCUCCUGCUCAGCCUGGCACUCUCCGACUUCCUGUUCCUGGCGGUGGCCAUCUUCCAAAUCCUCGAGAUCCAGCACGGAGGUCACUGGCCCCUGGGGACGGCUGCCUGCCGCUCCUACUACUUCCUGUGGGGCGUGGCCUACUCCUCCGGCCUCUUCCUGCUGGCGGCGCUCAGCCUGGACCGCUGCCUGCUGGCACUGUGCCCGCGCUGGUACCCGGGGCGCCGCCCGGCCCGGCUGCCCCUCUGGGUGUGCUCGGGGGUCUGGGUGCUGGCCACACUCUUCAGCGUGCCCUGGCUGGUCUUCCCCGAGGCCGCCGUCUGGUGGUACGACCUGGUCCUCUGCCUGGACUUCUGGGACAGCGAGGAGCUGCCCCUGCGGAUGCUGGAGAUCCUAGGCGGCUUCCUGCCCUUCCUCCUGCUGCUCGUCUGCCACGUGCUCACCCAGGCCGCCGCCUGCCGGCCCUGCCGCCGCCAGCCCGGGCCCCCGGCCCACCACGGCUUCGCCCGCGUGGCCAAGACCAUCCUGUCGGCCUACGCGGUCCUGCGGCUGCCCUACCAGCUGGCACAGCUGCUGUACCUAGCCUUCCUAUGGGACAUCUACCCCGGCUACCUGCUCUGGGAGGCCCUGGUCUACUCGGACUACCUGGUCCUCCUCAACAGCUGCCUCAGCCCUUUCUUGUGCCUCUUAGCCAGCGCUGACCUCCGCGCGCUACUGCACGCGGUACUUUCUUCCUUCGCGGCAGCUCUGUGUGAAGAGCGGCCCGGAAGCAUCACGCUGGCCCAGCCACAGACCCAACUGGACUCUGAGGGCCAGAUGCUGCCAGGGCCCACGGCUGAGGCCCAGCCACCACUGGAUUCCACAGCCCAGCUACCGCUGGAUUCCACGGCCCAACCACCGCCGGAUUCCACAGCCCGGCCACAGGGAAACCCUGAAGCCCAGACCCUUGGCUCCACUGUCCACUCAGCCACUAGCCCCAGUGAUGAGCCCUCUCCUGCCCCAUCCACCGAUCUCGCCUCAGGAACCCCUGAGACCCCAGCCACACCUGUCAUCUCUGCAGGAGAAAGCCCCAGCAGUGCCCCCCCAGACGAGGCCCCCAGUGCAGGUCCCACGUGA